AUGUAUGUUGAUGUUUUGAUUACAAUUUGUAUUGAUUACACUGUCGCUGCUGUUUUUAGUUAUAUAGUUAUUGCGAUUGUAUUAUAUGAUACUGUUGUUGAUAGUUAUAUUUAUUGUAUUAUUGAUUUUCUUAAGUUCAAACUUACCUGUUUAUAUCGACCGACUACCAGGAUUACAUUGAAUAGAUUGGUAUCUUAUUCAACAUCCAAUUCAAAACCACCCAAUGUCAAUGUUGGUCCUACUUCCAAUGUAAAGCUUUCAACUGGAAACAAUACCAACAAUACUGCAACUACUACGAAGAUAAAUAACAAUAGUAAUAAUAAUAGUAAUAGUAGUAGUAAUAACAGCAACAACAACAACAAUAAUAAUAGUAAUAAUAAUAAAACAGGACCAACAGGAUUUCAAACAUUUAAAAGAUAUUUAAUUGCUGCUACGGUUGGUUCGACACUGGUGGGUGGUGCCUAUUUCUACUAUCAAUACUUGGGCAAUGAGAAUUAUAUGUUUUCAAGCAAGUUGGGUGUUAGUAAAGAUACUUUCGAUAAAUAUAACCAGUUGGUUGAGAAUUUGAAAGAGCAAUCACCACAGACAGCUACAGCUACAGAGGCAGACUCAACUCAAAUCAAACGAUUACAAGAUCAAUUGGUACAACCAAAUGAAACAGAUACUUCGGUAGAGAGUGUAGCCGUCACAUCACUACCAACUAAAUCAGAGAUUAAAAGUAUUGUUCAACAGCAGAAUGCUAACGAAGAGCUACCAGAGAUUAGAUUGACUGCAAGUGGUGCACCUAUUAAUCAAGAGGAAGACAAUGACACAACAUCGGUGGUAGUUUCAUUGAAUAACGAUGUUGUUUCACAAUCUAAUACAGACAGUGAUAGUGUUACAACCGAGCAAAGUAAACAGCAACAAGCCAGAGCUGAUAUUAUCGAGAAUCUGACAGAGUUGGCCGUUGGUAUUGAAGAUGAAAUCUACAAGAAGAUUGGAAUCGUAGAGAAUGCCAUUGAGGAAUCGAUCUCACAUCUGCAUGAAAAUAGCCCACAACAUAACAAAUUUGAAAUAGUCCCAAUCGGUGAAGAUCUGACUGUCUUGGAGGUAGAGCCAGAAACAUCAUCUGAAUCACAAACACCAUUGGAAUCAGCAAUAGUGGCAGUAGAAGAAACACCAAUCGAUAAAGCAUUGAAAUUAAUGGAAGAACAAUAUAUCUCACAAAUUAGAUCACUUUUAGAAGAAAAUAUUAAACUAAAAGAUGAAAUAGAAAAGAUAAAGGAAAUGGAGAAAUCAUAUUUCGAAUCGACAGAGGAGAAGUUCAAACAAUUGUAUAGUGAAAAGGUAGAUGAUAAUCUAAAGUAUAUCAGUGGUGAGGCGCUGAAGAAGUUGGAGGAUAUGGAGAGUCACUUUAGAGAGAGUCUAGAGCAAAACUAUCAUACUUUGGCAGCGAGUGUACAGAAGCAGCGUGAGAAUCUCACCGCUCUCUCCAAGGUGGCAUCGAAGCUGAUCGUACCAGAGAAAGGAAUGGUCGAGGGUAGUGACACUGACUCUACUUUGGCGCGUGCAGAGGAGUUCUUGAAACAAGGAAACCUACCGAGUGCCAUCAAAGAAGUCGAAUCGAUCUCAAAGAACAACGAGAAGAUCAACGAGCUCACACAGCAAUGGAUUUCAACAGCCCGCGAGAGAGUAAUGAUGGACAAUCUCGUUAAAUUAUUGGAAUCUAAAUUAUCUCAAAUUUCAAACGAUAUCAAAAGAGAAGAUUAA